GGAGAGGAGAGGACGGACGGAAAUGGAGAUAUGGAAGGAUUUGAUACGGGAGGAGUGAGAGGAGAGGAGAGGAGCAGAUCUGACGCAAGAGAACAGGAGCAAGCAAGAGAGGAGCAAGGGGAGAGCAGCAAGGAUCGUUGUGCAAGUGUGGGAUCGAGAGGGGAUUGAAGCUAGCGAGGAGAACAAACCAGGAGGAACACAGCAGGUUGGUGGCAGCAAGGGCGUAUCAGCGACAGGGGGGAGACGAGAGGAAAGAUGACAAGGUGAAGAUGGGAUCUGGAGGUAUAGAUCUAUCGCGGAACGCGACCAACGGGGUAUUGUUUGUCGGCUUCAAUCAGGAUCAGAGCUGCUUCGCUGUCGGGUUUUCCGAUGGCUUCAAGAUCUUCAACUGCAACCCCUUCAAGGAGACGAUCUCUCGCAAGCUUGACUGCGGGAUCCGAUACAUCGAGAUGCUCUUCCGAUGCAACAUCCUCGCGCUUGUCGGUACGCAGGAGGACGGUAAGUUCCCUCCCAACAAAGUGAUCAUCUGGGACGACCAGCGCCGCAAGGACAUUGGAGAGCUGAGUUUCCGCCAUGAAGUCAAGGCUGUUCGGCUUCGACGAGACAAGGUCGUUGUGAUCCUGGAGUUCAAAGUUCUCGUCUACAAGUUCUCCGACCUCUCUCCCAUCCUCGAGGUCGACACCGUCUCCAACCCCAAGGGCAUCUGCGCUCUCUGCCCCAGCCCCAACAACACGGUCCUGGCAUGCCCUGGCAGCCAUCGAGGGCACGUGCGGCUGGAGCUGAUGGAGAUGCACAAGACGUUCAACGUGCAGGCGCACAACUCUCCCCUUGGCUGUAUGGCUCUCACGCUCGACGGGUCUCGACUAGCCACGGCCUCUGAGCGAGGAACCAUCAUUCGGGUCUUCGACACGCUUAGCGGGAAGCAGCUGCAGGAGGUGAGGAGGGGAGCAAGCGCGGCUGAGAUCAGCUCGCUCGCGUUCGACCACAAGUGCUCCCUCCUCUCUUGCUCCAGCGUUAGGGGAACCGUCCAUGUCUUCACUCUGGUAGACGCCCCAUCAGCACCGACGUCAUCGGAGAACAGCUCGGAGGAACGAGCCGGAGCUGCUCACCAGACCAACAACUGCCGAUCAAGCCUGUCUUUCAUGGGCAGCAUGGUGACUUACUUCAACUCCGAGUGGAGCUUUGCAAAGUUUCGUCUCCCUAUAGGAGACGGGCACACCAUCUGCUCGUUUGCGUCGGAAAAGAACUCCAUCCUAGUCGUGACGGCCACCGGCCAUCUCUACAUGUGUGAGUUCAAACCCGAGGGUCCUCCAGGGCAGGAGUGCGAGGCUACGUGGAGCCGCUCGUUCUUAUCCUCUGCUGAGAGGGAAUGA